CUUUUCGUUUCCACAUUGAGACAAAUCAAAUCUUACAAUUAAAUUUAGUUGUGAAAACGGGUUGUCGAAGCGUGAUAUAAACUGCAUUUUCGAUCGUACAAAUUUCACCUCAUCAAUUAAUUUGAAAAGGGAUCAAUACAAGCGGGGUUCAUCGCGAGACCAUGCCCUCGAAUUUCAGUUGUUGCAGUUGCUGUUCGAGUGAAGAUGCUGAUGGUGAAUUGGUUAGGGAACAACGCCUAAUUCAUCAACGCAUUGAGGACCAAUUAAAAAAAUUCGAAAGGAAUUCGAAACGAGAGAUGAAGCUGCUAUUUUUAGGCAGUGGCGAAUCUGGUAAAUCUACAUUCAUUAAACAGAUGAGAAUUAUUCAUGGUGACGGAUAUUCCGAUGACGAUAAAAGAGGUUUCAUACAACUGAUUUAUCAAAAUAUUGUCAUGGCAAUGCAGAGUAUUGUUGGUGCAAUGGAAUUUCUGAAAAUUGAUUACGCAAAGGAACAAAAUUUGAAACAUGCUAAAUUUAUUGGAUCCGUCGCUUACGAAUCGUUACGGUCUUUCGACGAACGGUAUGUCGAAGCAAUAAAUAGUCUCUGGGCUGAUGACGGAGUUUUGGAAUGCUAUUACCGUCGAAGAGAGUAUCAAUUAGCCGACUCUGCUAAAUACUUUUUUACAAAUGUCGAGAGAAUCGCUGCACCCGAUUACUUGCCAACGCAGCAAGACAUUUUAAGGUCGAGGGUGUCGACAACGGGCAUCGUUGAAUAUACUUUUGACCUGGAUUCAGUGGUAUUUAGAAUGAUUGAUGUCGGCGGGCAGAGAUCGGAGAGACGGAAAUGGAUACACUGUUUCGAGAACAUCGAUCCAAUCAUUUUUUUAACUUCCCUAAGUGAAUACGAUCAGGUUUUGUGUGAAUCGGAGAGUGUGAAUCGUAUGCUAGAGAGUAAAUCACUAUUCUACUUCAUUCUGAAAUCUGAAUGGUUUGUUCACUCGUCGGUUAUCUUCUUUCUGAACAAGACGGAUUUGUUGGAAGAGAAGAUUAUGUAUUCGAAUUUGGUUGAUUAUUUUCCGGAAUUUGAUGGAGAAACGAAGAAUGCGAAACAAGCGAAAGAAUUUAUUUUAAAAAUGUUUGUUAACUUGAAUCCAGACCCGGAAAUCAGAACGAUCUAUUCUCAUUUCACAUGCGCCACCGACACGGAAAAUAUUCGCUUCGUAUUUGCCGUGGUAAAGGACACCAUUUUACAAAAGAAUAUUAGUGACUUCAAUUUGGUGUAGUAUUCUGGGCCAAGGCGCAUUUUUGUUAUUUUUCUAAUAAAUUGCGGCAAAU